AUGAAGACAUCAGCUGUUCCUGUUCUCAUCUUAGUCCUGCUUUACAUCAAUGCCAGCACAGAAUGGCCUACGCACACGGUCUGCAAAGAGGACAACUUGGAAAUAUAUUACAAAAGCUGUGAUCCCCAGCAAGAUUUUGCUCUCAGCAUUGACCAUUGUUCUGAUAUCACAACCCACACCUUUAACAUCAGAGCUGCAAUUGUCCUAAGACACAGCAUCAAGGAACUGUACGUCAAGUUAGACCUGAUCAUAAAUGGGAAGACCAUCUUAACCUACUCGGAGACGCUUUGUGAGCCAGGUCACUCUAAGCUGAUUUUCUGCGGAAAGAAGAAAGGAGAACACCUCUACUAUGAGGGACCAGUCACACUGGGAAUAAAAGAAAUCCCACAGGGAGAUUACACCAUUUCAGCAAAGCUGACUAACGAAGACCACGUCAUUGUCGCUUGUGCCGAUUUCACCGUGAAAAAUUAUCUAGAGUAUUAUUAG